GAAGUUGAGAAGCUCGUUGGACAGAGAUAACAAUGGCGUCUUCUGCAACCACUCUUCUCUUCCACCACGGCUCUACUCGACUCAUCGCUCGUACACGAUGCCAAUCACCUCUACUCAGAACGUGCGGAGUAAAGCCAUUUCUCUCAUUCCGCAGCUCACGUGGUGGCUCCGGUGCGCCGCUCGGGAUUCCGCUGAAGGCGAAAUCGGUCGGAUUGGCUCGCGCUUACGUCACCGGAGCGCCGCCGAUCGUGGGAGAAGAGGACCCUAAGAUCGAUGGAUCGAAAUCGGAGCCCGAGAAGGAGGAAUCGAAGGAUUUGAUCAAGUGGGGGCUUGUGUGGAGCUUGAUGAGCAAGCACAAGCUCAGGCUCGUUGUUUGCUUAUUGACUCUGGUUGGAUGCAGCACUUGCACUCUCUCGAUGCCUGUGUUUUCAGGUAGAUUCUUUGAAGUGUUGAUUGGCGUGCGGCCGGAUCCUCUGUGGCAGCUUCUGAGCAAAAUCGCUGUUCUGUAUUCUUUGGAACCCAUCUUUACUAUUGUUUUUGUAACCAACAUGAAUGCUAUCUGGGAAAGCGUUAUGGCAACGUUACGAGCUCAGAUUUUCAGAAGGGUUUUGAUCCAGAAGGCAGAGUUUUUCGACAAAUAUAAGGUAGGAGAGUUGACGGGGCUGCUUACGUCUGAUCUUGGCGCUCUGAAUAGCAUUGUGAAUGAUAACAUCUCAAGAGACCGUGGAUUUAGGGCAUUUUCUGAGGUUUUUGGAACAAUCUGCAUUUUGUUCACCCUAUCUCCUCAACUUGCACCCGUGCUUGGUCUAUUGAUGCUCGCUGUGUCAGUUUUAGUUGCUGUGUACAAAAGAUCGACGGUUCCUGUUUAUAAAGCACAUGGAUUAGCCCAAGCGACAAUGUCUGAUUGUGUAUCAGAAACGUUCUCUGCAAUUCGGACUGUAAGAUCGUUCAGUGGUGAAAAACGUCAGAUGUCUCUUUUUGGUAGCCAGAUUCUUGCUUUCCAGCGUAGCGGCUUAAAGCUUGGUACUUUCAAAUCUAUAAAUGAAUCUAUAACAAGAGUUGCUGUUUAUAUUUCUUUGUUGGCUCUAUACGCUCUUGGGGGAAGCAAGGUCAAGACGGGUGAGCUUGCUGUUGGAACAGUUGUUUCCUUCAUUGGAUACACAUUUACUCUAACGUUUGCUGUCCAAGGGCUUGUAAACACGUUUGGAGAUCUACGUGGAAGUUUUGCUGCUAUCGAGAGGAUCAAUUCCAUUUUAAAUGCAGUGGACAUAGAUGAGGCUCUUGCCUACGGGCUAGAAAGAGAUAUACAUACAAAGAAAGUCCAAGAUGAAAACCUUAGAUUGUUCUUGUCUUCUGGUCCUAACGUGAAUAUCCGUCACCUCGAUAAGUACUACAUGUCAGAUCUGAAAUCAACGAACAAUCUACGUACCUUGACUUGGGCAGGAGAUGUCUGUCUUGACGAUUUGCAUUUUGCUUAUCCCCUACGACCCGAUGUGAAAGUUCUUGAUGGGUUCAGUUUGACGUUGAGAGCUGGGACCGUAACUGCUCUUGUUGGCUCUAGUGGUGCGGGAAAAAGUACUAUUGUACAGUUAUUGGCACGCUUCUAUGAGCCCACACAAGGACGUAUUACUGUGGCUGGAGAGGAUGUGAGGAUGUUUGACAAGAGUGAAUGGGCUAAGGUUAUCUCAAUUGUGAAUCAGGAACCCGUUCUCUUUUCUCUCUCUGUGGCCGAGAAUAUUGCAUAUGGUCUCCCUAAUGAUCUUGUGUCCAAGGACGACAUCAUUAAGGCAGCCAAAGCUGCCAACGCUCAUGAAUUCAUAAUCUCACUUCCCCAGGGAUACGAUACACUGGUGGGUGAACGAGGAGGCUUGCUUAGCGGAGGGCAGAGACAGAGAGUUGCCAUAGCCCGGGCUUUACUGAAGAACGCCCCCAUCUUGAUUCUCGAUGAGGCCACGAGUGCGCUUGAUGCAGUAAGCGAACGUUUGGUCCAGAGUGCGCUGAACCGUCUGAUGAAAGACAGGACAACUUUAGUCAUCGCUCACAGAUUGAGCACAGUUCAGAACGCGCAUCAGAUCGCUGUAUGCUCUGACGGGAAGAUCAUAGAGCUUGGAACUCAUUCUGAGUUGGUGGCCCAAAAGGGAUCAUAUGCUUCACUUGUUGGCACUCAGAGGCUGGCCUUUGAGUAGAGUCUAAUUAUUCUCUAGUUCCUUUACAAGUUUUACUCACUCCCGAGUAAGACCAUACAAGCAGAUUAUACAUUAUAGAUUGUUACAUAUGUGUAAUCUGAAACAAAAAUGACUAUAAAAUGAUGUUUCAAGUGUUA